UGCUGCUCCUCUACCAAGAGUGCAACUCCCCAGAGCUUAUGAAGAUACAUCAUGUGGCAAACUUCGUUAACAAGUUUUCUGAAGUGGUCUCAGAGCUGCGGGCCCUGCAGCCUGGGGUUCAUGACUUUGAACUCCGAGCAGUGGUGGGACGCGGUCACUUCGCUGAAGUCCAAGUAGUUCGAGAGAAGGCCACUGGAGACAUUUGUGCACUGAAAGUCAUGGACAAGACAGUUUUACGCACUCAAGAAAAUGUGGUUUUUCAUGAAGAAGAGCGGAGGAUCCUGGCUUUGAACAGCAGUCCUUGGAUCCCACAGCUUUUCUGUGCCUUCCAGGAUAAAGAACAUGUCUACCUGUUCUUGCCCUGAACUAAAACAGAUGGAGGUGCAUUGGUCUCCGGUCCACUGAAAUAAAGAUGCUCUGGAGACAAAAAUUCAAAUUCACAACUUCACACAAAAUAUCUUAAUAUGGAUUAACAUUGUUUGUAGUAGAAAAUGAAAUGACUAUCCAUGUGGUGUUAUUUUUCUAGGUUUGAUCUAUUUACAUAGAGAGUAACUUAUAUUAAAUGGAGUUGUUUUAAAUGUCAA